AUGGCGGUGCCACGAAGGUUGCUAGAUCCGGUCAUGGGUCAGGUAGGUGCCACGGUGGUGAGAGAUGGUGGUGCCACCAUGUCGAUUGCAGGAUCGUGGGUGGAGUGGCUUUGGGCCGUCACGGAUUUAGCCAUCGCGGCGGGUUUGCUCCUAAGGUGUUUGCUUCCAACCUUGGUUGUUUGGAAGGCUUCGAUGGAGUGA